UGUUUUCAAACAGUCCGCAGAGUCGCGAGGGCGCGAACAGGUUCGGAUCACUCGCAUUUCUCCUUCGGCUUAGAGCGCGCGCGGUUCGUACAAGUCGGAUCCGACAUGCGUUCCUACGAUUUUCGUUAAAAUGGACGGGAAUGAGGGAGGCAACGGUUGUCUGUGAAUCGACGAUUUCUUUCUCAUCAUGUCGACGUGCACCGUAAUUUCGGCCACAUCGCCGAUGACGAAUCGCACUUAUAUCCGAUCGUGGGAGCGUGAAUCUUAACAUACCUCGAUAGUAAAAGUAACGUAAUACAUAAUAUUAAACGAAACCAAAACGAACAACAACUGCCAAAUCGUACUUAAUAGAUUUUUAACCAUAUUUAAUCCGGUUUGAUCAUGUAACGAUUGUAAAACCCCGCGCACAAAAUUGAAUUAUUAAGAAAUCAAAGUGUCAACCUGAUGGGUACGAAUAUUUCUGUACGUGAUAGAAGAAAAAAAUAAAAAUAAACUAAAAUAGAAUAAAAAAAUUCCGAAUUAGAUAAUACGUACGGUUUGUACAUUCGUGAAAUUUUAAUAAGACUACGCGUUUUCUAAAACAUAUACAAUUAAGGUGAAAAUUGAAUCCUCCCUUUGGGGUAUAUCCCUAAUAAAAUUGUCUCCGCUAAAAUACAAAAAAAAAUUUUUUUUAAAUUCCACAUACCUCUAUACAAAUAAAAUCGCAUAAGUUCUGAAAAUAAAUUCCCACGAUUAGUUGGUUCACCCGCGAAGAAUUAAUCUUCGAGUAAUUGCAUCAAUGAUGACAGAGGGUGAAACAAGGGUGCGGUUGUUUGUGUUUUUGUAAAACACUGUGCGAGGGAGUGGUUUCGGUAUGCUUGCGACGUAAAAUAAUAACCGCAGGUGAAGAAGAAGAAGAAGAAGAGAAGAAAAAAAGUAUGAAAUAAACUCAACACGUGGUUUCGAAACUCCACCCAAGCGACGAGAAGCGUCUUAAUUUCUUUCCAGUUCCUGCAACUCGACCAAGAAUUUAAUAAUCCCCUCGUUUCGAUGAUCGCGCGGUAUUUUCCAUACUCCUCCAAAUAAAGCGCAGAAAUUCCACCCCGACUAACGCCUAAUCGUUUUAUUGGCUGGAAUAUUAAACGUCCAAGAAACAAAAAAAAAAAAAAAUUGAAAUUGUGGUCAAGUUUUUUUAUUAUUUUGGUUUUUGACGUAAUUAUUUCUUGGAAGAAACUACGAUAUUUUGAAUUAUUUCAAUUUGAACCAUCGCAGCGAGUCCGAGUGUAAAUCGAGAAGUUUUUUCGCCUGUAAAAUUCUGAAAUCUUCAAUAAUGGGUCGCAAGUACAAACCGCGAUUAAUUCCCGAACAGGAUCGUCGUAUCUGCGGAAGUAUCUGCCUCUGUCAAUUUACUAUCGUCAUAAGCUGUGUCGCUCUGGUUUACCUCAGCGUUGCGAUCUACAUGCCAUCGCACAGGGCUUUUAACGCGGGUAUAGAACCGGAUCCGGUGAUGUGUCAGACUGUGAAUACAACUCUGGUGAAUUAUUGUGCCUGGGCAAGCUGCGGCGAAUGGUGUCUGACAAAGACGACCGGUUUUUGUCCCCAAAUUCACGCGACCGUAAGGAGGAACGGGACCAACGCUGUUUUCCAAAACUGUACCAGAACCUCCAGCAUCUCUUGUCCGCAGGUAAACACGGCGAAUCUCAAGCGUUACAACUGCAACAACGGUAGCGAGUGCGGCUCGCUUUCCGGUGUGUUCAACUGCAGUUUGGGCCAUUGUGCGAACAUGAGCGAGCUCAUGCUCUGCCACCACAAGGCGGACGGGAUCAUGGUGGACAGCGAGAAGGACAACAUGAAGCUGAACGGUUUCUUCAGCUGCCAACACUCCCGGUGUACCAAAAUCAAGAAGCCCUUCUCCUGCGACAGAUACUGCCCGAAAAUAACCACCGUCGGUGUCAACGUCUUCCUCAUGCAGGACGACAACAUUUUCACCGCCCGCUGCUCUAGCGCCAAAGCCCUGAAUCGAGCCAACGGCAAUUUGCCCGGAACCGUGCUCGAGGAAUCCGUAAAAUUCUGGGACGAGGAGAGCGGUUCGAUUAUCGCCAGUUGCCUGACCGUCGCGAAGCAAGGGGACGCUAUCAGGACGGAGGACUGCGUGAACGGGUCUCUUAUCGACGAGGAGAAGGUCCCUCAUCCCUACGUGAACUUCACCACCUUCCUUGACAUCUACGAGGCGAACUUGGGUCGCCAGGUCGAUCCUGAGGACUCUUACGUUCCGUCCCAGAGAUCGCUGACCAUCUAUAACAGCUCGAGGCUCUACAUCAAUUUGGAAGGGUGUGUAAACACGCUGAGGGGAGAGUGUCGGGAUUUUUUACUAACCAAUGGGAGGGACGGUGACAACAAAACUGCGCAGAGCAGAUACCCCUGCUAUUAUAACAAGAACGACUCGUUCUUCGUGGUGGCGCGUUUCGACCUGGAAAAAACUCGGACGGAGCUUCUUAUCGCGAUAAUAGUGCCCUCGAUAUUCUUCGUCGUCAGCCUGACCACCUUGGUGAUAAUAACGAGGUCGGUCAGGGUCGGCGAUGACGCCAAGAUGCGGUGCAGGUACUGCACGGAGGCCCAGGACAAGGAAAGCGAGGACGAGGGUCUGGUCGAGGGGACGCCAGGAUCACCGGAGGGAAUCGCAAACGAGAACGAAAUCAGGGCCCUGGCCCUUUAGCAGACCAAAUCGAGUCCCCAGGGCCUUCCGGCUGUUUACGAACGGCUGCCGCUCGUCGACCUCGAGACCGAAGACUCCUUUUGAGCGUCGCCUUUGGUCUAAUCUGCCCGAUUAACGUCGAAUCAUCGUCGUUCAGGGAACCGUCGAGACUGGGCCUUGUGGGACUCGACCCGCCUUCCUCAAUUUCACUGCGAUCGACCUACCAGGACAGCUGCUUCGAUCAGGAUCGGAAGAAUUUUUCUCUUCGAAGUGAACGAAUGACUGGAAGCGUCGAGUCGACGCAGACGCGGAUUGCGAACUCGGUGGAAUUUUCACCGGACAUACAUGUCGGUAAUAUGCUAAGAUGAGUAAUGCACCGAUAAGACGCCCAACUAUUGUCGGUUAUUGGACACGCCUAGUGAAUCGUCACGUAUGAUUAUAGUCGUCGUGGGGUUGAAGGUAGAUCGAAAUUGGGUGAGUAAGGGAAUUUCAUUGCGAAUUUAACGCGUGACGCGACCGUUUCUAUAACGCAAAAAGAAGCUUACCAUUAGCCUACGAUACCCAUGAAGGGGCCAAGAUGAUUGAGAUUUUUCUUUUUUCAAUCUACAUUGCCUUCACUGUACUGCUGAACAUAACAAAAAAAACAAAGUAUUCACACAUAUACAUGUGACUCUAUGUAUAAUAUACAUUAUAUAUAAAUUUAUAUAUACACAUACAUUUUUGUAACGACUCACUUCAUUGUUUUUUUUUUCUAUUUUUUUUAAACCGUUCGUCCGAUCAAGAAACAAACAUACGAACACUGUUUACAGCGAAUUAUUUUUUUUAAUACAUCGUGCAGAUUACAAUUUGCACAGUUAACGGAAACAGAAAUGAAUCUAAACGAAUGAAACGAUAUCUAAAACCCUUGCAGUACAACAAUUAUUCAACAGAAUAUUAAAUUGCCUUGAUAAAAAGAAUUAAUGAGUAGAAGAAAUAAACUAAUAAAAGAAUAAGAGUUCACGGAGAAAUUGUUUCUUUUUGUUGUAUUAACGUAUGCGAAAGUUUGUCGAAAAUAAUUAGUCGUAGAAUCUAAUUUACCGGUCUGUACCGUCUCAAGAUAAAAAAAAAAAAACAUCUCAACACAAGAUUUUAUAGACCGUAUAAAAUUUCCU